GCGCGUGGAAACAGCAGCUGUUCCGUUAGAUGCAGCAGCACCGAAGAGCGACGACGGGCAGCGUUUCGCAUUCCAGCUUCGUUCUCGUUUAUUUCGCGGGAUUAUUACGUCUAAUCACACAGAGUCUCGGAGCAGGCUCGAUUCAGACCGGUUUCUCUGAAUGCUGUGAUGAGUUCCUGAGAGCUUCGUUCUCCCCGGCCGGCUGUCUUGGAAGAGCAAGGGCUCUGUGACAGCAGUGGCACCCACAGAAACAAACACUGACAACGGGCCAUGGCUAGCGCAGACGGCAUCGGCAGUUUGGGAAGCGAGCACAGCCACAUCACUGUUCCCGUGGCUGAUCCUGGCGCCUGGGCCACUGCCAUGAAUAACCUGGGCAUUGUGCCGAUGGGCUUAGCCGGGCAGCAGCUGGUCUCAGACUCCAUCUGUAUACAGGGUUUUGACCCCAACCUUGGCAUCAUCACCCCAAUCAAUCCCAUGAUGGCUGGCAUCAGUCUGGUUCAGCCCCAUCCUGUGGCAGCAGAACUUCCUGUUAUAAAGGAAAUCAUCCACUGCAAGAGCUGCACACUGUUCCCGCAGAAUCCCAACCUUCCUCCUCCAUCCACCAGAGAGAGACCUCCAGGGUGCAAGACAGUUUUCGUUGGUGGCCUUCCAGAGAAUGCAACAGAGGAGAUCAUUAAAGAAGUGUUUGACCAGUGUGGCGAGAUUGUCGCAAUCCGCAAGAGCAAGAAAAACUUCUGCCACAUUCGUUUUAGUGAGGAGUUCAUGGUGGACAAGGCCCUUUACCUCUCUGGCUAUCGGAUGCGCAUUGGCUCCAGCACUGAUAAAAAGGAUUCGGGCCGCAUACAUGUAGAUUUUGCUCAGGCGAGAGAUGACUUGUAUGAGUGGGAGUGCAAACAAAGAUUGCUGGCACGAGAGGAGCGGCACCGACGGAAAAUCCAGGAGGACUGGCUGAGACCUCCAUCACCUCCUCCCAUAAUGCACUUCUCUGAGCAUGAAGCAGCUCUUUUGGCUGAGAAACUGAAAGAUGACAACAAGUUCAGCGAGGCAUCGGCAGUGCUGUUCACGUGGAUCGACAGAGGCGAGGUGAACCGGCGCACGGCGAAUCAUUUCUACUCCAUGAUCCAGUCGGCAAACAGCCACGUGCGGCGCCUAAUGAACGAGAAAGCUCAGCACGAGGAGGAGAUGGAGCUCGCCAAAGAGCACUUCAAGAAUUCCCUGCUUGCCAUUCUCACACAAUUUGAGCAGAUUACGGCUGUGUUCACCGCUGCCACCAGGCAAAAGGCAUGGGACCAUUUCUCAAAAGCGCAGCGCAAGAACAUAGACAUUUGGCGAAAGCAGUGCGAGGAGCUCAGAAAUGCUCAAAGCGAAGAGAUCAUGGGAAUUCGAAGAGAAGAGGAAAUGGAGAUGUCAGAUGAAGACUCGGAGGAAAACCCCUGCAAAAAUAUGAGAAUGGAGGACACAGAGCUGUCUGCGCAGACGUGUGCUCUGCGGGAGGAAAACGACAGUCUGCGCUGGCAGCUGGACGCUUACAGGAACGAGGUGGAGCUGCUGAAGAAGGAGCAGGGAAAGACGUACCGCACCGAGGAGGAUCACACGCAGGAACAACAGCUGCACUUCCUGCAGCAGACCAUGCAGAACAUGCAGCAGCAACUGCUUCGGCUCCAGGAAGAGCUGAAGGGCAAGGAGCAGGAGCUGGAGCAGGCCAAAGAUGAGCAGUGCUACCUAGAGACAGAGGUCCUCAGCCUCAGGGAAAAGCUGUUGAACGCCAUGGAAUCAGUAGAUUUGACAAACCACAAGUCUGAAGGCCAUGAAAAGGGAGUCAAUGGCACCGCAGCAUUCUACCAUCAUCGAGAGAAGAAUAACGAUACGGUCAUCUGGGGUCCUUUGAGAUCAGAGAAAGAGGCUCUCUUGCUCGGAAUCAUAUCAACCUUCCUCCACGUCCACCCAUUUGGAGCCAACAUUGAAUAUCUGUGGUCUUACAUCCAGAGACUUGAUACAAAGAUCUCGGCCGGUGAACUUGAAAGACUAAUGGUCCGGCUGCCCAACAUGUUCCAGCAGGAGUUCAGCGGCGUUGGAGCGACAUUGGAAAAACGCUGGAAGUUCUGUGGAUUUGAGACUCUUAAGUCGGUGUGACUUGCAGAACCACAUGUACUGACACUGAGGCUGCGUGACCUCUGGAGAGCUGAUCUAGAGUCAGUGAGAAGAGCCAAAGCCUCAUAGACAAAAACAACAGGCUCUACACCCCGUACUGCCUCAGAUCCGAUGGCUGCCGCUCUCCAGAGGAAGUGAGACUCCACAUGCGGCGCCGCAUCAGAUGUAUUUACUUGAAAAAGCUCUUUUCAGACUGUGCCAAUUGCGUAAGGUAUCUGUCAGUGGUAUCCUCCCUGAAGACAGGGAGAUAUCCAGGAAUAUCGAGCCUCUCGGUUAAAAAUACAGAAAAUGGGACAGAGAUGUUUGAUCGCAGCCCUCUGCGCCCAUCAUAGCAAGAGUGUGUGUGAAGAUGAUUUCUGCACUGAAAAAUUAUUUAAUUCAUGGUCAGAGUGUUGGAGCUGAUAGACAACGGUUGCACAGCUGAAGCUCUUUGGACAGUUUGCUGUUUCAGGCCUUCCAUGUUGUGUAGAUGAUGUAACUAUGUAACAUGUUCUUUGUGUCUUGAUGCACUGUUGUUAAUGGUCUGCUUAUGGAAAUUACGACUUUUUAAAAAUCAGUUAAACACUUUUUAUCUAAAAUCCAAACCAUUUAAUUGAAGAAAUCAAUGCAUUUACUACAAUCUUAAAAAAAGUACUCCAAUAUUUUUUUUUUCUUUUUUUUUUAAGCUAUGCCAUUGACAAAUGUUCUGGAUUCAUUAACCUUUCAUUAAACAAUUCUUAAAAUACCCAUUUUAUUCUUGGUAUGAAGAAACUUAUUUCAUUAUAAAGAACCUUUUGUGAAAUGGAAUGUUAAAGCUUCUUCAUUAAAACAAAAAUGCCAAUAUUUUUAAGAGUGCAAACUGCUUUGGGCGACAUUCCAGAACUUUGUUGUUGUUUUGGACUACUGAAAAUCCCUAAAUGUCAUUCCAGUGGCCAAUUUGAUUCAAAUUCAACCUUGUGAAUUGAAAGGCAGCCAUUUUUUGCCCAACCCUGUUCCUAGUUGCAUCUCUGAAUGUGUCAAAGCUGCCUCAAAGUGUUGUGUCUGACAUGUUUUUGAUUUAUGUCUGGGAUAAACAACUGAACUCAUCUGCCAUGAAUGUGGAGCUGAACCUCCUUAAUCACCCAGAAUAUAACAAGCUGUGAAUAAUGAAUGAGAGGGGAGGAGAAUGCUGCUCUGUGCGUGUAUAAUGUGAUCUAUUUGCUAUUUACAUCAGCCUCUGAGAUGCUGUUAGCAACAUAGUAGUGCAUUUGAGACCAUCUAAGCCAUUUUCAUAGUUGCUUGUAGCAGCAGUGGCAUUAUUUGAGGCUGUUGAAGUAAGGAUUAAAGAUUAUGGUGCUGUAAGACUCAGGACACUGCACUUUUAAAGCAAUGUAAAAUCCAAUGUUAAAGGAAUAAAGAAAACAAUUGUGUUUAUUAAAUAAAAAAUCAAUUGGCACCCCUCUACCAAAGCUAAAAUCUCCAAUAUGUGCCUUUGCUGGCAGCCAUCAUGUGUCAAAUUCUGGGCUACACUCAUAUUUAAACUUUCCAAUAGCAUUUUUUUUGCAUGAUAGACUAACUUUUAAAGAAAAGCUUUGGCAAAAACAAAGUUGUCAGAUGAAUUUUGAAAAAUAAUUGGCAAAUGCUUGUUUUUUAAAAUGCAAUUACAAAUGUACAAUGUCAAAGUAGCAAUGUAAAUAAUAAAAAGCCAGUAAGGA